UUAUGGAAAUUCUUGACGAACUUUAACGUUCUCCUAGGAAAAAUUGUAUAUUUGGUUCCCUACAUUAAAGGGAUUAAAUUAGGACUCUACUAUGUACCAAACACAAAACAAGUUUUAUCAUAUGAAAGAAGAUAUACUCAAACCUUAAAGCAGUGUUUAUCUUUGUCCAGUUGGGAGACACAAAAGUAAAGAGGUUUAGCAAAGGUUUGAAGGGGAAAGGACAGAGGAAGAGGAAGCAGAAAAUUUGAGUUCUUGGAGUUUCCACUACUGAUGAUUGGUUACAUGAUGCGUGGAAUAUAUGUGAAGAUUUUGUUGGUAUUUGCAAUUUUUGCUGUUCAAGAUUGCAAAGGGUUUACUGAUCCUCGUGAUGUUUUUGCUAUAAAUAGUUUGUAUACAAGUCUGGGCUACCCAUUGCUUCCUGGAUGGGUGCCAUAUGGAUUAGACCCUUGUGGUGAUAAGUGGCAUGGUGUACUUUGUGUCAACUCCAAUGUAACUGCAAUAGUGCUAAAUGAUUCAAAUUUGGGAGGUGAACUAAGUGAGGGCAUAGGAAGCUUUGCUUCAAUCAUACAAAUAGAUCUCAGUAACAACCAUAUUGGUGGCAGUAUACCAUCCAAUUUGCCUGUUACCGUCAAGACCUUGUCUCUCUCAGGUAACCAGCUUACUGGGAGCAUUCCAGACACCCUAUCCUCGUUAGGGCAAUUAUCGGACUUGUCACUGAACAACAAUCAUCUUAGUGGAGUUAUUCCAGAUGCCUUUCAGCAGCUUAAGACUUUGAUUAAUAUGGACUUAUCUGGGAACAGUUUAAGUGGUCAGCUGCCUCCUUCGAUGGGGAAUUUGUCGUCACUUACUACCUUACACUUGCAGAACAAUCAGCUUUCUGGGAUCCUGGAUGUUUUGCAAGAUCUUGCUCUAACAGAUUUAAACAUAGAGAAUAAUUUGUUCUCUGGGCCAAUACCAGCAAAAUUGUUGAGCAUCCCCACCUUCAGACGUGCAGGCAACCCCUUUAACACUACUAUCAUCCCUUCGCCCGUGAUAUCGCCUUCUCCAGCACCAUUUGCGGUGCUUUCUCCAGAUGUAGCCCCUUCACUGCCAUCUACUGUACCAUCGGGCCAAGGAUUACAACACUCUGGAAGGCAAAAAAGUAGUAAUUCAACCAAACACGUCAAAUUUAUUGCUAUAGCCGGAUUACUUACCCUUGUCAUACUUGGAUUGGGUGUUUGCCUUUUGAUGUCACGAUAUUUAAAAAGAAGAAGACAGACCCAAAAAGAAGCCAAGAGGCAUCAUGCAUAUGCAUAUAGUUCACCCAAGGGCACCCCUAAACAUGAUCAAUCCGUGCAAAAACCUUAUUAUGAUGCAGAAAAAGAUGCAGGUCUGAGGCCAGGGACUGGAAAUGGGAAAGCUCAGGGUAGGAACAUCUCACUGAAUACUUCAGAGGCUGUGCAACAUAAAGGCAUGAAGAGUACAACAUCAUAUACAGACAAUGAUCUCGAUUCGGAGAUGGAGUCGACCAUAUCUGAUAUUCUUCCACCACCGCCACCACCUUUUCUUUCAGCUCUUUCUGCUGAGAGGAUGGUUGUAAAUCCAAUUUUGCCCCCAAUUACAUCAGACAGACAUGCUAAGAAGAAUGUAAAUUCUGCAGAGUUCUUCACCAUUGCCUCUCUUCAGCAGUAUACAAAUAGCUUUUCUCAAGAUAAUCUUAUUGGAGGAGGCAUGCUUGGCACAGUCUACAGAGCCGAGUCUCCCAAAAAACUUUUGGCGGUCAAGAAACUGGAUACGGCUGUGACCAGGCGUCAAAGUGAUCAAGAAUUUGUUGAGAUGGUGUCCAAUAUAUCUAGACUUAAGCAUGAAAACAUUGUCAAACUUGUGGGUUACUGUUCGGAGCAUGGGCAAAGGCUACUUGUCUAUGAGUACUGUAGAAAUGGUACUCUCCACGAAGCAUUGCACUUAGAUGAUGAGAUCCACAGAAAACUUUCCUGGAGUACUCGUGUACGCAUUGCACUUCAAGCAGCAAGAGCACUAGAGUACUUGCACGAAGUUUGUCACCCACCUAUUGUCCACCAGAACUUCAAGUCCGCUAAUGUUCUCCUUGAUGAUGAGCUUGCUGUGCGUAUGUCAGAUUGUGGUUUGGCACCUCUGAUGUCAUCUGAUUCUACAACACAGUUGCAAGGAUGCGGCUAUGGUGCUCCUGAACUUGAACUGGGAAGCUAUUCUUGUCAGAGUGAUGUUUAUAGCUUUGGAGUUGUUAUGCUAGAGCUUCUCACGGGAAGAAAAUCUUACGACAGGUCCCGUCCUAGAGGGGAGCAGUUGCUAGUUCGAUGGGCUAUUCCACGGCUGCAUGAUAUAGAUUCACUAUCUAGAAUGGUUGAUCCUUCCCUAAAUGGUUCUUAUCCAUCGAAGUCUUUGUCUCGGUUUGCUGACAUAAUUUCCUUGUGUAUUCAGUCGGAACCUGAAUUCAGGCCACCAAUGUCCGAAAUUGUGCAGAAUCUCCUGCAUAUGAUCUAAAGAUGUCAUCAAGGCAGCAAUGCAGUGAAGCUGCUCUAGUAGAGAAAACUAGCAAUGCUGUUUCCGGCUAGUAUCUUUUUAGCAUCGAGGGAUUUCAAGUAGUUCCCAAGGAGAAAUCUUUACACUACAUUUUCAUUGUGUGCUAACAUCAGUAAUGUACUGUAAAUAACACUAUGCUGUUAAGUUGGUUUAUGUGUGAUUCUUUUUUACAUCUCGAUGAGAAAGAAGAAAAAAACGGUCAUUCUUUUAACCUCGCCUUAGUGUAAUCGAGGAGUUUGUAAUCAGAAAGUUGUGCCUGUAUAUGGUGGUAACCGUAUGUAAUAUAUUUCCUGCAAAUUCUUUCUUUAAUAUCUUGUAAUCACUCGAAGCACUUGUAUUAUUUACUGUGUAGCGGUUAUCUC